AUGAAGGGUGCGACGCAGAGGAAGUGGUUACACAGUAUCCCAAAAAGAUCAUCAACAAUAACAGGCGGCUGGACGAACGGUGGAAGAAUAAAUAUUACAUUUAGGAAGGGUAUGGAAAUUGCCUGCACAGGUAAUUACUAUAGAUAUAAUGUCGGGAAUGGGCCGGUGUAUCGAUGGGAUGAAAGAAAAGCGGAGAUGGUGGUAUAUGAAGGCGAGGGGAAAGGCGAUGAAGGUUCUAGCGUUGUUGCUUCUGGGAGUGGUAUAGUAAGGGAUAAGAUUAAAGACGAUGAAUGA